ACCGAGCUAGGCUAGCCGUUAGCUGCUAGCGCGUUCGCUGGACGGGGAAAAGCAAGCGUCAACGAGAGCCAGGGCGACGUAGACCGUCUCCACCAAAUCUCCUCCACAGCACAAAGGGAGACGAGCGUCGGCAACGGCGGGCCUGAUUUUGACGAGCAGAGUUAGGUGCGAGUGGAACUGUCCGAGAUAAUUUAGCUGUCGUCGCCGUAAACGUGUUGUUUUGUUCAAGGCAGACAUUUGAAGCUGCUGUUAGCUAGCUAGCUAGCCUGCGCGUCAGCUAGCGCCCCAUACCGCGGCAGAGGAAGAAUCCAGCUUUGAGGUUGUUUUUUUCGCCACAGGAACAUCGGCCAGCUGUGGCACAAUGACGUCAAGGAAGAAAGUUCUACUCAAAGUCAUCAUCCUGGGAGACUCCGGAGUUGGAAAGACCUCAUUGAUGAACCAGUAUGUGAAUAAGAAGUUCAGUAACCAGUACAAAGCCACAAUAGGAGCUGAUUUCCUCACAAAAGAAGUCAUGGUUGAUGACAGACUUGUCACAAUGCAGAUCUGGGACACAGCAGGUCAGGAGAGGUUCCAGUCCUUAGGUGUUGCGUUCUACCGUGGAGCCGACUGCUGCGUCCUGGUGUUUGACGUGACGGCACCCAACACCUUCAAGACCCUUGACAGCUGGAGGGACGAGUUCUUGAUUCAGGCCAGCCCUCGAGACCCUGAGAACUUCCCCUUUGUGGUGCUGGGCAACAAGAUUGACUUGGAGAACAGACAGGUAACAACCAAGAGGGCACAAGCUUGGUGUCAGAGCAAGAACAACAUCCCAUAUUUCGAAACCAGCGCCAAGGAGGCAAUCAAUGUGGAACAGGCCUUCCAGACUAUUGCACGCAACGCUCUUAAACAGGAAACCGAGGUUGAGCUGUACAACGAGUUCCCAGAGCCAAUCAAGCUGGACAGGAACGAGCGAGCCAAGCCGUCGGCAGAGACCUGCAGCUGCUGAGGACUCUGAGGAUCAUCUGGGGUCGUCGGGGGGUCGUCAUUGCCCUCACCACCCUGUCUUGCCUUGUCUAUAUAUCCCUUUUCCCAUGACCCACUGUGUUAAUCCUUAUUGCCCGACAUACAAGCAGCAUCCCACUCAUAGAGUAUACUACACACAAACAUGCUGCACUCACCUCCUUAUGUAUACAAAUCACACAUUUUUUAUAAAGUACAAGUCUCCUAGCCCAAAGAACACAUUAAGGAAACAUCAUGGCAUUUACUUGUUGAUGCGUAAUACUUUGCAGUAUACACUUUUGUCAUAGCGGUGGUGGUUCGGGCUAGUCUCAUUUCAGUUCCAUGUAUAUCGCUGCUUUCACACCCAUUUUUGGUUCUAAUUGCUUUUAUUUGAAUACUUAAAGUGGUAGAUUGAAGCAUUAUCUCUGAACAUGUUUGUGUUUGAGUUAGGUUGGACAAAUUCAUUUUUAUUUUAUUUUUUAACCCUCUCCGGCAGUUGUGGUUGUUUUCCUACAUUCACAGCCCAGCACUGCUGCAUGAAUAGACAUGCCCCUCCCCCUUUUUCAUUUUACUUGUUUGUGUUGUGGCUUAAAUUCCUUUCAAACUCAAAAACACAGGACACCAUGUUUUCACUGUACAUCAUGUGGGCUUGUUAACUAAACUGGUACAUGAAGAGGGAGUGAGUAGUGACGCAGUGAAGGAUCAGUGAGGGACAAAGGGCAUGUGUGGAUCACGUUGAUAUGCUGCCUGCUGGUUCUCGUUAAGUGGCAAAGAAUUGAAAAUAUAAUUCAAUGAAAAAUCCAUCAGAUGUGUGUGUACAGAUACCUUUUUUCCAAACAGUAACUGAAGACUUGUUCAUUCAUCUCAUGUUGAAGCCACAAUACAUGCAGUUGUAGCUCAGGCUGAGGACAUCCUGUAUAUCCAGAAUCCUUGGUGUAAAGUGCUGUCACUAACAUAUUGCUGUUCCUCUAUUGGAGAAAAUGAAGGUUUGUCUUUUAUUGAGUUCUUGGUACAACAUUUGAUAUGAAUCAAAUCAAGACAGUAGGUCAUUGUACCUGACAGUCCUGGAGGGGAGAGUUUUCUCAAGUAUAAAUAUCACUCAUAACCGAGUACUAUUAGCUAGAACGUUUCUUUUUACUGUCAACUAUUGCAAGACUUUGUAUAUUUGCAAACCUCCAGAUCAUGGUUGGGUGAAGGCUGAAAAGGUUGUGUUGUAAAUCUCCAUAUCCGACUUGCUCGUGUUGGCAAACAGUUAAAGUGCUUGACAUCUCUUAACCAAUCUAUUGGUGUUAAAACUUUGAAAUGCAUUCUAGAUUACAUACAACUUUGAAUAGAAUGAAAACAUGAUUGAAGCAUCUACAUUGUUUCAAUGUCUUUGCGUUUCAAGUAAUAAGGGUAAUAAAAAUCUUGAAUAAA